GUCUGCGGGUUUUCUCGAUCACUGUGUGUGUGUGUGUGUGUGUGUGUACGUGCGUGUGCGGACAUCGUCGAGUUUCGGACGGACGCGAUUAGUACACCCGGUUUGUCGAUCGCGUCGACACUACUCGUCCGCGCAUCGAUCGCCGUGCAGUACGUUACUGUGAUAAUAAUUAUUAUUAGGUAUUAUUUUUUAAUUAAAAAUCGACGACACACCGUCGUAAGUCGGCAGUCACCACUCACCGAGAACGUCCAGUCCGCGGUGUGCAAACGAUAAUAUUUUAUAAUAAACACAGUUCACACGUAAUAACACAUUACGACGAAUAAACGGUUAUCGACGAUAGGCGUUUUAAAAUUUAAUUAUAAUAUAAUAAUAUUGCACGACGAGCGCUACUCGGACGUCGUCACGACGAUAAUAAUCAAAUAUUAUCGUACGACAAAUCGUUCAAACUCUAAACCGUUCGCGCUCCCACGUGUGUGUGCGCGCGCGCGCGUGUGUAUGUGCGUUUGAUCUUUUUUCACCGAUCGAUUCGUCGUUUCCAGCGAACGAUUCAUCAGCUGCACCCUGCUGCACGCACCGACGUCGUCUCCGCCGAGAAUACAUUACUGUCGUGCUUUUACCACGACGACGAGGAACGGUUUUUGGUGUCUCCGCCGCCACACACAGAUCGUCGCACCGACCGGAACGAACGGAUCUGAGGACACGAGCACGCCGUCGUCAUGAAGUUCACACUCUCCGAAUGGAUAAUUCUGGCCGUGGUCGGGUCCGUGCACUUUUGUUGCGCCAUUUGCAUAUCGCUGCAAGCGCCUUUUUACCCCGAAGAAGCUGAGAAGAAAGGAUGUUCGGCUACAGAAUACGGCUUCGUUUUUGGAAGUUUCGAACUGGUAGCAUUCGUUACUUCGCCAGUUUUUGGAAGCCUGAUACAAAAGGUCGGGCUGAAAUAUAUGUUGGUGAUUGGAAUCGUAUUGAACGCUCUGUCGACCAUAGCUUUCGGAUAUUUGACGUACAUCGACGAAAGAAACUUAUUCUUGCUGCUGUCGCUAUUCCUUAGGGUGUUGGAGUCUUUGGGUGCAACAGGCGCAAUGGUAGCCGCGUUCUCACUGACGGCCGUCUCUUUCCCAGAAUCAGUUGCCAGCACUUUCUCCGCUCUCGAAGUAUGUUAUGGAAUGGGUUAUAUCGUUGGACCAACACUGGGCGCUUUGCUGUUCGAGGUCGGUGGAUUUUCACUGCCGUUUGUGGUCAUGGGCGUCAUCACACUUGGAACGUCGUUCUUGGUGUGUAUUUUAAUGAAACAAGACGUGCCCAGUCCGAACAAGGCUAAAACUAAAGUAACACACCUCAUGAGCGUUCCUACAGUACUCAUAAAUUCAAUCGCAACAGUGAUAACGGCAACAGCUAUGGGAUAUUAUUCAGCCACGUUAGAGCCACACAUUCGCGGGUUUGGACUUUCAUCUGUAGACGUCGGAUUCGUGUUCAUCAUCAGCGGUGGAACGUAUGCACUGAUAGCGCCAGUCAUCGGAUACGUUUGCGACACCGGAUUGAAUCCCAAAAAAAUUAUGAUCCUUGGAACAAUCCUAACAGUCAUCAGCUACUCCAUAGUCGGACCAGCUCCAUUCGUUCCAUUACAAAAAUCUAUGCUGUUGGUAGUCAUUGGAUUGGUCAUACAAGGAGUCGCGUUGGGCAUGAUCUGCGUACCCACUUUCGUCGAUUCUAUGACCGCUGCCUUCGACAGCGGUUUUCCAAACGACAUACACACUUACGGACUGUUGUCCGGUAUCUGGUCAUCGUCGUUCGCCCUAGGCGCGUUUUUGGGACCAUCGAUAGCUGGCGUUCUGUACGACUUGGUCGGGUUCGAAAAGGGCACGUACUUUGAGAUUUCGUUACACAUCGCAUUGGGCAUCGCGCUGCUGUUGUUCGUGUGCCUGGACCGGCGGCCGUCCGACAAGUUCGUGGUGAACGGCAUGACCGAGUCGACCGUGGGAUUUGCGGGGCGCGCGGACGUGGCCGACCCGACCAGCGCGGCGCCGGUGCCUGGCGCCGCGCUCAAGUCGCCCGUCUACACCAUCAACGGGCACCACCAAUCGUUCCGGUCCAGCCACCGAUUCGGUUCGACCUACGGCAGCUUCAGCAACUCGUGCCUGGGCACGUCCCUGUCGUCGAUGCGCAUCAGCAGCGAGGCCAGGGCCGAGGCCCGGGGCAGCCCGCUGGCCGUCGAAUCCCGGAUCUAGACCGCCGCCCACCACUGUAUUAUGACGAUACCGACGGCGAUGGUGGUGAACUCGAUGACAGUCGUCGUCGUCGUCAUCGUCAUAAUACAACGAUAACGAUGCAGAGCAACAACCCCGUCAUCCCCCAGACCCCACCACCACCACCGCCCACACUAUUUACCUUACACAUUAUGAUAACGACGUUAUUAGACCAGCAGACUUACUACCCCUAUACACACACAUACAUGAUCUGUGUGCGUGUAUUAUCGUUAUAAUAUAGCUUGUCGUAAUUCCGUCUGCCUUCUCCCCUCCUCACAUCUCCCACCACCGCCCACGCACGUACACGGCUAUCGGCACACCAAACGUUCGCGACAUUAUAAUACAGUAAAACGUCAUAAUGUUGUCGUAUACACUUCACCCCGAGCCAAUUCGCCUACCAUAUUAAGCCACCAAUAAUGUAGUGUUGACCGACUGAAAAAUCGUAUCUCACAUCGGCGGCGAUAUAUAUAUAUAUAUAUUGUCAUCACUGCAUAUCAGUCUGACGAUACACACUAUAAUAUAUUGUUCGUUUGAGUUUUUACAUAUAUUAUCAUAACCGUGUGUGCCGUGUGUGUGUGUGUGUGUGUAUUUUAUUGAUUUUUAUCCAUGUCUUAUACGCAAAUGAUUUUUAUUUUUUAUCUGUCUCUCUGUCUCUCUGUCUCUAUAUUUCUCGCUGUUAAACCCGUCCGCGGUAUACGAAUAUUCGUGCCAAUAAUAAUAAUUAUAUACCUAAUGUACUUAUUAUUAUUGCAGGUGUCGUUUUAUUCGUAUAUGAUAAUAUAUAUAUAUUAAAGAAAACAGAUAUAUAAUAUUUUUCCUUCGAGUAUUGGUAAUAUUUUUUAUUAUUACUAUUCAUGAGCAACCGCCAGUCAUGUUCACACCGCCAAUAAGUAUAUGAUAAUAUUGUAUUGAUAUUAGCUGCGAUGUUUCUUACGUAUAGAAAAUAAUAUAAACACACGUAUCGAUUUCCUAAAUGAGUUUGUUCAGUUUUUUUUUUUAAUGUAGAGCUUAAUCUUAAAAUAUUUUUAUAGUAUAGUAAUGAUAUAUUUAUAUAAUUAACACAUUUAUAUAUAUAUAUAUAGUAUAUACAUAGGUAAUGAUUUUAUUAAUAAAUUAUUAUUAUUAUUAUUAUUAUAUUACUGCGUUUUGACGGGAUUGCCAUAAUAUUAUUAUUAUUUGUAACACGCUAUAUAUGAAUGUAUACGUACGUAUAGUACUAUUGUAACCAGUUAUUUCAGUCUAUGUAAAUAAUAUAAUAUAAUAUAGAUACAUAAUAAUAUUGUGUUAGUGAUUUUAGAUGUUAUUAUUUGAAUUAUUACUUAAGUUACAUUGUAUACUAACGGUUAAGAAAAUUAAAAUUACGUUGUACAAAUCAA